AGGUGUUGCUUGUUGUUGAUUCCCUAAAGUCCUUUUGAUUAGAAAGAAUAUUAGACGAAUUAUGUUCACAAACGAGAAAUCAUAAUCCGGCCUACCGACAACAAUAGUUAUAGACUAACUGAACAAUCUCUUUUCAUGAUUUAUAUCAUAUAUCAUUAUGUAUUUCAUUAUUAUAUUAUAUAAGAGCGAUAAAUAUAGAAAUAUCAGUGAGUGAACUACAAUUUACGGUUAAAUAAAGAAGAAUCUUGUACGUUGUCAAAGUAUAUCAUGGAAAAAAAAACCAACGUUUUUUAUCAGUUCUAGAGGUGGAAGGAAACUUUCCUUCGAAGGAUUUUCCUACAAUAAGGAUAAGAGCGAUCCCAAGAGUGGGAAAAUCUAUUGGAGGUGCGAGAAUCGUUCCUGUAAAGGUAAAUGAUUUAGUUAUAUUCUUAGAAAAGUUAAAUUGUAGCCUUGACAUGAAAUCGCGAGAAUCGUUCAUGUAAAGGAAAAUGAUUUAGUUAUAUUCUUAGAAAAGUUAAAUUGUAGCUAUAUUUUCGGCUUUGAAUAUUUUUCAGGACGAUUAGUCACUGGCGCCGACGAUCGGAUUUUGAAAGAGAAACCGCAUGAUGUCCACGGUCCUGAUGUGCCAGCCACCGAGGUCGCUCGAAGCCUUGCUCGGGUCCGAGAAGCAGCAACUAACAGCCGAGAUUCACCGUCAGAAAUUGUUAACGUUGAGUUAAAUGACCAGCUGCCUGAGGCGUUUAGAGGUUAUUGGGCCAACGAACCAUCUGUCAAGAGAACUAUACAACGUAUACGUCGGAAACACUUGCCGGAGAUUCCAAAUACUCUCGAUGAAGUCCACUUACCAGAGCAGUGACAGCGGAACAGUCGGGGUGAACAGUGGCUUCUGUCCGAUUUAUCCGACGAUGAGGGACGAGGCAGGCUAAUCAUCUUUUGUACCGAAAGAAACCUGCAAUAUCUAUGCUUCAGUGAAGUCUGGUAUGGGGAUGGAACUUUUAGUGUUUGCCCGAAUUUCUUUUACCAACUUUAUACUAUUCACGGCAUCGUCAUGGGACAGCUUCUUCCACUUGCUUAUUGUCUACUUACCCGAAAAACGAGAGCUAUAUACACCCAGAUGUUCCUUUCUUUAAAAGAUCAGGCAGAGAAAAGAGGGUUCAGCGUUUGUGUUACACGUCUUAGAGUGGAUUUUGAAGAUGCUUGCAUCAAAGCUUUUACCGACGUGUUUCCCGAGGCUCGCGUGGAGUGCUGUUUCUUCCAUCUCUGUCAAGCACACUGGCGGAAAAUAGUCGACCUUGGGCUCCGGACUCAGUACAUCGCUGACGAACACUUGGCGCUUUCACUUAGAAUGUUCACUGCUUUGGCUUUUGUGCCCGUGGAGCACGUAUACCACGUGUUUGCGGAGCUUUGUGAGACCGUCCCUGACGCAGCCCACGCCAUAAUUCCUUACAUGGAGGAGACGUAUGUAGGAGGAUACCGUUCCGAAAGUUCCACCAAACCAGAUGGGUCUUUAGUACUCAAACGUCAAUGGCGAGAGCCAACCUAUCCUGUUGGACUUUGGAACGUGCAUGAGCGUACACUGGCAGGUGAACCGAGGACAAACAACCAGCACGAAGGCUGGCACCGGAGGUUUAAGACCAUUGUGGACAAGCACCACCCCAACAUUUUCUUGUUUAUAGACAAGCUGAGGUCGGAGCAAUCAAGAACAGAGACACAGGUGGAGAAGUUGAUCGGUGGACAAAAACCAGUGAAACUUUUUCCAGCCCAACAACAGACAUGUAUAUGUCACAAACCCGGCCUGUCCUCGAAAUCAGUGUCAAAGGUUACUAGAACAUAAAUACAAUAAAUAAACAACCGCUUACUAUGUUCUUGUAAGUCCUGUAAGAUAAAACGGCUCGUUUUAUUCAUUCAUAUAUAUUCCGUAUCGGGAACAUUGACAAUCACAAGUCGAUCCUUACCACGAACAUGAAAACAGUUACUUUUAUGCCUUUGUUUACAUUUCAAACAUGACGAUUCACAUAUACGUUCAAGAACGUAAAUUUCGGGCUUUCCGACCCACAUGGUGUGUAAACUUUUGUAAUUAAAAGUAUGGUGUAUUCGGCAAACCAUUUGUAAUUUCCGACGUAGUAAAUGUCAUUGAGAGUAUCAGUUAUGUUCACGAAAUUUAAUUGAAUAUUUAUGUUUUAUACUUGCAAAAGAAAAACUUGAUGGUCAUGGUCGAUGGCUUCGAAUUCCUCGCCCAUCACCGACGUGGGAUCAAAAACUCACUUGAGGUGUAAAACUUUUCACGUAAGGAAGCCAUCCAACUGAGGUUAGUGUCUCGAUCUAGGUACUAGUCUGAGCCCCAAAAAUGCCUGAAGAAGCACCUGGAGCCUUUCCCCACCAACAAACCAUGGGAAAAGUUCAUUGUGUCGUUUCGGUGUUACUCUCAAUCAAACAAAAUAAAUAUUGUUCCCGUUUUUGUUUGUUUGUUUGUUUGUUUAUAUUUUUAUAUAAAUGAAUAUGCAAAAAGGGUUUGUUUGUUUCAGUGUAACCUCAAAAUAUAAUAUUACAAUUAUAUAUCAACAGUGAACGCCACAUGCAUUAUAUUUUCACGAGAGGUUAAUGGUUUAAUC